AGUGUGAUUCUUAAAUGAUUAUUACAUCACAAUAUUAGUGCAUUCAUCAUUUUUUAAAAGAUUUUCUAAAUCAUUUUGCAGGAUUUACCAUUGAUAUUCAAAAAUGGCAAAAAGAUUUUGUUCUAUUGGGUUUUCGCCUGAAGGAAUGGUAAUUCUGUUGGGAAUUAUUUUUUAUGGUUUUGGAGUUUCGGAGGGCAACUUAAUCCCUGGAAAGAAAAUUUUGGAAGCUAGAAAGAGAAUAGACAGUCUCAAAAGCCUUGCAGUAAAGACCAUUCAGAGUGAAGACGGUGACAUUAUUGACUGUAUUGAUAUCUAUAAACAGCCAGCUUUCAAUCAUCCUGCUUUGAAGAAUCACACAAUCCAGAUGGAACCCAGUUAUGAUCCAACUAUGGAGCCAACAACAACAGCAAGAAAAAGCACAUUUGAGAAAAAGAAUAAAGACUCACCUUUGAUUGUGACAUCACAACUAUGGCAGAAAAAUGGUAGCUGUCCUCCCGGAACAAUUCCGGUUCGUCGAAUUCAGGAAAAAGAACUGCUUAAAGCAGAUUCAAUUCAAGAUUUUGGAAGGAAGAAGCCUAGCUUUCAACCAACCCCAGACCUCAGAGAGACAAAUCGCUCGAUGUCAAUACUUCUGACAGAAGGUUUCAGUUACUCGGGAGUAAAAGGAGAUAUCAAAGUUUGGAAUCCUUUUGUUGAAUCUGAUGAUGAGUAUAGUAUUUCUCAGGUUAGCCUGAAAAGUGGACCUUGGUACAGUUUUGAAAGUCUUCAAUCUGGAUGGGCAGUGAAUCCAAGUGUUUAUGGGGACAGAAAAACUCGAUUAUUUGUAUAUUGGACUGUUGAUGCAUAUAAGACAACAGGUUGCUUUGAUCUCACCUGCCCAGGUUUUGUUCAAACGAGUAAUGAAGUUGCUCUUGGUGCAGCAAUUUAUCCUAUAUCAGUUCCAUUUGGGCUACCAUCUCAAAUAACCAUUUACAUCUUUAGGGAUACAAGCACAAACAACUGGUGGGUGCAAUAUGGAGAGAAAAUAAACUUAGGUUACUGGCCAGCUGAGUUAUUUGGUUUAUUACAUAGUAAUGCACAUGGAGCUGAAUGGGGAGGUGAAGUUUACAGCUUGAAAUUAGGGCAUCCACCACAUACUAAGACAGCAAUGGGCAAUGGACAGUUUCCUGAUGGUGUAUUUGGCAAUUCAGGAGCUGUUAGAAGAUUACGAGUUCGUGAAAAUUCUAUCUUUUUAAAAUUUCCAGAAUGGGUUUCGACUUACCAAGAUGAGUACGACUGUUAUCGAACAUAUUAUCAGGCAGAUUACAUGGAUGAACCUGAGUUCUAUUUUGGAGGGCCUGGCCAAAAUCCUGUAUGCCCUUAGAGCUUAAAUAUAUUAGCUAGAACACGGUCACUCUGACCUACAUAGUUGCAUCAAUUAACACUGAAAUUUUCUAAUUUCUUGGAUUGAUUAGCUUGAUUUAUAUAUUUUCAGAUUACAAAUUUCAGUAAUUCGCUCAAUAUUUUUCACA